AGGGAGGCCUAAGACCCCCUGGUGGGCGCCGGCGGGCAGGCGCAGCCCCCGCCGCUGGCGAAAUCUGCCGGCGGCAGGAGGCCGCGCCUGGAGAGCCGCCGCGCCCCGCGGCGGCCAUGCUCGCGAACCAGAACCUCAUGAUCCAGGUUAUGGAGAUGAGCCACGGCAACAUCGGUUCUGUGCUGGCCUUGGUCUCGAAGGCCUGCGGCAAGCUCGGCCUUGAGGACGUAGGUGCGGAGUGCGAGCAGACCAGGGAGGCCCUGAAGGACAUGGAGUCCAUGUUCGCUACGCUGCGGGACGCCUCCACGGGGGACCUCUCGAAGGUCCUGGACGACGUCAAGAAGCGCGCCCGCCAGCCGCUCCGGCCCCAACGGCGCGGCGGGCGCGGGCCAUGAUGUCUGCACAUCGUCCGUCCU